ACUUCCAUGAACCAUCUACAAAAAUUAAUGCUUUGCCUACCUAAGGAGUACAACUUUUUCCUGAAACUUAAUUCAAAGGAGAAUUCAACAUGGAUUAUAAAAUUGGUGUACGAUUUACUCCAAGCAGCAGUCGCAACAACUGAUGAUAAAAACCAAUACAUUGACGACGGACUGGAUAACUUUCUCGCAUUUGGAUUUCGUCCUGGUUCAGAAGUUAAGCAACCGUACAGACUUUGUCUUCCAGAAAAGUUGCCUGCUGAAUUCACAGUUGUUGCUACUUUCAAACCGAUAUCUUCUCGAACAAGUUAUCUUUUUGCUGUGCUCAAUCCUUUUGAUACAAUCGUUCAGUUGGGUCUUCGUAUUUCUGAAGGACCAAAUUCAAGUCAGAAUAUUUCUUUAGUUUACACUAAUUCAGAUGAAUACUCUCAUUCAGAAGAAAUCGCAAAGUUCGAAGUGCCGAAAUUAACGAAAAAAUGGUCUAAAAUUGUAAUUCGUGUUUCAACAGUUGAUGUCAUCCUCUAUCUCAAUUGUAAUGAAAUAGGUCGUAAAAAAAUGACUCGUCUACCACAAGAACUCGUUUUCGACACUGCUAGUACACUAUACGUCGCUCAAGCGGGACCACAUAUUCAAGAAAAAUAUGACGGCUUACUGCAAACCUUAAAAAUAUACUCUGGACUCCCGCAAGAUGUUGUAAAAUGCAAUGACAUUGAGUUGUUUCCAGAAAAAUCGGACCUAAGUGCUGAAACUUCAUUGGAGGGUUCUGGAUUCAUCGAUUUCGAUAAGGAUUGGCCAAUAACACAAUUUCAAGGACCACCAGGGCCAAAAGGUGAACCAGCGACUUGUACUUGUAAUGUGACCGAUUUAAUGUCAACUUUUAUAAUGCCAAAAACGAUCAUCGGUGAAAAAGGUGAACCUGGGAUUCCUGGAACAAAAGGAAAACAAGGACAAAUGGGCUUGACGGGUGCUGCGGGACCACCUGGAGAACGUGGACCGAUUGGACCAAGUGGUUUGAAAGGGGAUAAAGGUGACGUUGGUAUGACAGGACAAGAAGGACAACAAGGUCAAAAAGGUGAACCUGGCGAACAAGGAGCCUCUGGUUUGAAAGGUGAUCAAGGUCCGCCUGGGCCACCUGGAAAAAUUAAUGACUUAUCUUCUCAUGAUCAGCCACUUUGGAUCCCAAGAGGUAUUUCUCGCGAUGGGCUCACAAUGAGACCGGGACUGCCAGGACAAAAAGGUGAUAUUGGUAGUCCAGGGAAUCCUGGGCUCAAAGGAGAACCUGGAGUACCUGGUUCCAAAGGUAUUAAAGGUGAGGCCGGUCAAAAAGGCGGUAAAGGAGAUCAUGGGAGAGAAGGUGCUCGGGGUAUUCAAGGAUAUAAAGGUGAACCAGGUGCACCUGGUAUAGCCGGUCUUCCGGGUGCAUCAGGUGAAAAUGGAAGACCAGCAGAAAAAGGCGAAAAAGGGGAUAUUGGUCCAGAAGGAAAACACGGCCCUCCGGGUCCACCUGGAUCACUUGAUAUUGCUAAGGAUAAUAUUAGUAGUAACUUAGUUUUAGGAAAAGGUGAUAAAGGUGAACGCGGUGCUUUUGGAUAUAAAGGUGAAAUUGGUAACAAAGGUGAAAAAGGUGAGAAAGGAAAUACAGGAGCACCUGGUAUCCUUGGUAUUAACGGCGCUCGUGGUCCUCAAGGAGAUAAAGGUGAACCCGGGAAAGAUGGAUCUUCCGGAAUACCUGGCAUUCCCGGUGCUAAAGGUGAUCGUGGAGAGAAAGGCCCACCAGGAGUAACUGCGUUUGCUGGUGCUGUAGAUUAUGUGACUAUCAAGGGAGAAAAAGGUGCAGAAGGCAAAAGAGGGAGAAGGGGUCGUCCUGGUGCUCCUGGACCUAUGGGACCACCCGGAAAACCAGGAAGUAUUAGUGACAUUGGACUCCAAGGAUGGCCGGGCUGGAAAGAGAUUAAGCACUCAAGACUCAGCCCAAGCCAGGCCCGGUAA